AUGGCGCCUUCUGCCGCGCCCAUUCUGGCCUCUGUGGCAUUUCUUGUAGGGAGUGCCCAGGCAGUUUGCGCGAGCGGGGAAGUUGGCAUCAGCCGCGUGCAAGUCUACAACUACAAUGGUGCAAACAACGUGCUCGAGUCCGACAGCUGGGAUAUCGUGGCCAACAAUUGCAACACCAUCGCAACAGGAAAGUCGCCAUUCAAGGGGAAUCCCUGCUCGGCCUCGCCUUAUCCCAACGGAUAUGGUGUGUCGGGAUGUGAUUCUUCGGGCAAGCCUGGCUCGGUCAAGACGACCGGAGGCAACUUCGGCAACUGCUAUAGUCACGGUGCACGUUGCGCCAACGGUCCAUACUUCUACUCGGGCGUCUUCUGGUGCUGCAAGAGAGUCUGA